GUUUUUCUUUCGUGUUCGACGUUUAUCGAGAAUUUCGGUUGUCGACAACUUGUUGACUUGAGUUCGUUGCCAACUGUAGUUAGUUCUUUUGGUUUCACCAUCUUGCUCAACAAAUCUGAUUGUUACAAGGACAUCCUUCAUCAUAUCCCAGUUUCACCUUCUGUUGCGUUGAUAGGCAAACAGCGGAUGGCCUUUGUCUGGUCCAAAGGCUAGAUUUUGAACUCACUGCAGGAAUCCAGUGACUUUUACUCCUUUUCGCCUUAACGCGCACACCGUCCCAUUCAUUUACCUUGGACGUUCAUUUACAUUAACAUGUCACACACAAUCAUGCCCCAAGUGCGCAGACGUCCCACAAAGCUCAGGCCAUACGGAGCAAGACCAGAUUCUAAUAUCGUCCGUGCAUCCGUUUUCGAGACUGCUGUCGAGCUUGGCAUACACAACUCCACUGUCGCGAAUUGGAUAUUCAAUAGCCCAUUGCCUGAGGAGAUCGAAGAAUUGGAGGAUAUCCCUCCUGAAACGGAGGCAGAAGAGACCUUGACGCCUCCCCUCACUUUUGGCUCACAUACUGCGAGUGAUGAAUCGUCAUCGACAUCCUCUCCGCAAAACAACGUUGCAUCCGCAAGGCAGAUUCACAUGCACAUGCACAAACCGAGCGUGUCCGAACAUCCCCACGUGCACUUCGAUGACUUCGCUCCCGCGCAGCUCACGCUAUCAUUGCCUCCACUGAGUACGCCAUUCAAUGGAAGAGAGAGGCUCGGAAGCGUGUCUAAUUCGUCUGGGAAGCUCUUGAAUGAUGUGGGACACCAAUCGAGUGAGGAUAUCACACGUCAGACUGACCGAAAAUGCGCCACACCGAGUUCCGCCAAGUCUGAAGCGGGCUAUGUGAGCGAUGGUCAAUACCUUUCUGACAGCGCUGGUCUCAAAAAGUCUGGCAAGCUGAAAGCAAAAGGCAAGAAAGGCAAGCCGCCAGCCUUGGACUUGCGUCCCGGAUAUGAUGGAGAAACCGGUUAUUCUUCGGAUGGAGGCUAUCUCUCUGCGUCGUCCAGCAAGUCGCAAGGGAAGUCUAGUAAGGGGAAAUCUCGAGCAAUGGCCUUUUUUCGGAGGAAGCCAAAGAAACAGCGAGCCAGUGAUGACGAAGAUGACAACCACAUACCACCAGUCCCCGCGAUGCCUCCAAUGGCAGUUCCUUCGAGUCCAAGACCUUUGAAGCAUUUUGGCGCAACACCAUCAUCCCCUACGCGAUCUGGCUUCAGUCCCCUGACGUUGAACUUUAACACCUCAACUCGAGCGUCAAGUCCUGUCUUGCACUCGAGAAAAGACCGCGCCAGUCCCCCGCUUGCACGAGUAAUGACACCUUCAUACACUCCCACUCCUCCUCGGCCAUCUGAGCAGACAAUAAAUUCAAUGCCGUCACCUUCACCUUCCCCUGUGCCUCCGUCCACGCCUGCUCCAGCUUUUCCGUCUAUGCCGAUAUCUCACGCACCAACUUCCGGUACACCCGUUAGUGCGGUAUCACCCCAUACUUCACAGGCCUCUGUAACUCCCGUCCGUUCAUCCCCGGUCCCAUCUCCCCGACAUGUCACCAUUCGACCCGCAGCUCCUCCACCCACGCAGCCAUUGCCACAGCCACCUCCGUCUCCCAUGCCAUCCACGCCGUCACGAAGGGCCCCUGGACCACCGCCCACGCAAGCACUGCCUCCGGUGCCUGCGCGUCCGCUUCCCUUGCCACCAUCUACGCCGACAACGCCCUCGCAGAGGUUGCCACCUUUCCGACCGGUUGCAGUAGUACCUGGCCCUACAGCCCCGUUAGUUCCUCGCCGGAAUCCACAAGCUCAGCCCCGUGUUCCAUUUUCCCCUCGCCCACAGCCCUCGCAUAGCGCAUCUGAUUCAGUUGUCCCCCAAUACACGCAUGCAAAUGGCGAGGCAUCACCCAGGAGGUACCAAAGCCACACCGCUGUACCCAGUGAUGACAGCUCUGAGACCCCUCUCAGGAAUGGUGUGGUACGGAGACAGCAUCCGGACAUGCCAUCACCUUUAUUCCUCCAGCGGCGUAUGCAUAGCGCCCAGGGGUCCCCGCGUCACCCACCACCAGAUUCACCUCUCCCACAGGUUCCGAAUGCGCGCCCUAUGCAUCCUCCCAUGUUUUCCUCAAAAUUCCACGAACAUUUUUCGUCUGUGUCGUCAAUAGGUUAUACUUCAGCUGGUUUGCUGACUCCGCGCAGUACGAGCGGGUCUGGCUCGUCAUCUGGCCCAUCUGUUCGCUCCACACGCUCCUCCAACGCCCCGUCAGUAUCCACUUCUGAUAGUAACGGCCACUCGAGUCGCCAUUCGGGAGGCGUCUUAGAUACGCGCCCAGGAACAAGAUCUUCCUCGCGGUCAGAAAUCAGCUACGGGAAACAUAUCACAACCAGCGUCACUUACGCACACUCACAUUCGUCCAUGCUCGAUACCCGGAGCGAUGUCAGUGCCAGCGUCUACGACGAGCGUUCGAGCACAUAUGAUGAGGAGGGGGGAAAUGAUCCCAAGGGAGCACAGGCUGACGACGAGGAUGACGAUGACGCAUCGCUCUAUCCCUCAGAUGAGCAGACAGCUGGCAGGCGUACGAUGUACCUGGUCGAAAAUGGCCAGGCUAUGGAUGAAGAUGAAGAUGAAGAUGUUUUUCCGCCUCCAUUGCCGCCCUCGGGAGGAAGAUACUUUUAAAUGCCAUUGGGGUAUAGGUACCGUUCGCUUUAAUUUAUCUGCUGUUUAUAGCUUUUUUUGCGGUCGCUCUUUCGCUCGUUUUCUUUUCCGUUUGGUUGUUCGCUUUUUUGAUAAUUUUAAUGGCACAAGACUCAAGAAGACGUAUGACAAUAUUGGUACGGCUGGUAGCUGCUCGAUGCAGCUGUGCCGGUACUGGUAAAUGCGAUCUUGAUGUUAUGGUAAUGGCUUGAAUCUGGAUAUGCCUACAGCUUGCAUCAUAAUUUGGGAGCAUGACCAUAGUUUCGCGCAUGUGCGCGUGUUGUUUGACCCCUUGGCCUUGAGCUUCUUUGUGAAAGUC